ACUAAAGUGGAACUAAGUGGAACAGGAGUGCUAAUAUAAAGCGACUAAAUAGCGAUUAAGAGUGAAACGGAUCCUGGACGAGUGCUCUUCAAAUACCCUCGAGGACAGCUCACCUCCAUAACGUUUUGGUUCCAUACUUGGGAUUCAAGUUGUGUUCGUAAUUCCAUAUAUAUUUUUUAUUUUAUAUCUUGUGCAAAUUGCCAGUUGACGUAUUGUCAGUCAAGCCCCCUCCCCCAUAUAUAUCCAAACCUCAAUAUAUAUUCAAGUAUAUAUCAAGUAGACGGCAGCCGGGAUCUUGGUACAUAGGGAGAAAUAUAUAGAGGCCACCCACCUCCCCCACUCCAAAUAUCCUUUGUCCCGCCGUUAUAAUCGGCGGGAAUCUUUUCUGGAUAUUCCCGUGGCGUUGGUUAGCCAGCUAACAAAACCAUCAAAUUGGCGCCAGUCGAGGGAACUGGUGAUGCUUUUGCCCCAUUUGGCGGCACCACUUCGCCGCGUCACCGUCCGCCGGGCAAGUCGAAAACUGUUCAGGAACUGAUUCUGGAGGGUGCCCGCCGUCGGCGACGUCAAUGCGGGGUACAGGACCCAAGCCCAAGUCCGCACAUCGCUCCCGAUCGCCAUCACUUGGUGCCGGAACCCAAGGCCAAGGAGCGCAAGGACAAGACCCGUGCGAGGGAGCGCGAGCGAGAAAAGGAUCGAAAUAGAGAGCUCGAACGAGAUAUAACACGUCAGCGUGAUAUAGAACGUGAGCUUGAUAUAGAACGUGAGAAAGUGCGUGCUAUAGAACGCGAAAGAGAACGCACAAGACAGCGGCAGCGGGAGCGCGAUAGAGAGCGCGAAAAGGAGUGCGAAAGAGAGCGCGAAAGAGACCGGAAGCGGGAGCUUGAUCGGGAGCGGGAGCGGGAGCAGGAGCAGCGGGAGCUUAAGUGGGAGCAGGAGCAGCGGGAGCUUAAGCGGGAGCGGGAGCGACAGCGUGAGUGGAACAGGAUAAACAAGGAAAGGGAAAAAAAGGAAGCAGCCCAACGACAAAUGGCAUCCCAACCAGUAACCACGGCUCACGAGCGACGCAUCCAUGAGCUGGAUCACGAUGUGGAGCGUAUCUUUGAUGUGCGGAAACGUCUGGGUAAAGGAGCCUAUGGAAUCGUGUGGAAGGCCACCGACAAGCGACACAAGGAGACUGUGGCCCUCAAAAAGAUAUUCGAUGCCUUCAGGGAUGAGACAGAUGCCCAGCGCACCUAUCGCGAAGUGAUCUUCCUGCGGGCCUUCCGCCACCAUCCCAACAUAAUCCGACUCAUGGAUAUUUUCAAGGCUGCCAACGAUUUGGAUUUUUAUUUGGUGUUCGAGUUUAUGGAAAGCGAUUUACACAACGUAAUUAAGAAGGGCGAUGUCCUGAAGGACAUUCACAAGCGCUUCGUCAUGUACCAGCUGAUCAAUGCCAUCCAGUAUAUGCACUCGGGUAAUGUGAUCCACAGAGACUUGAAACCCAGCAACAUUCUCAUCGACAGCAAAUGCAGGCUAAAAGUAGCGGACUUCGGAUUGGCUCGUACUCUCUCCAUGAAGCGGAAGUCCGCUUUUGAUGACAUGGAGAACGACGCCAUGCUGACAGACUAUGUAGCCACACGCUGGUAUCGUGCUCCCGAAAUUUUAGUGGCUAGUCGAAAGUAUACAAAAGGCAUCGAUAUGUGGAGCCUGGGCUGCAUUCUUGGCGAGAUGAUACGACAGAAACCCCUAUUUCAGGGCACUAGUACUAUAAAUCAGAUUGAAAAGAUAGUGACUGCCCUACCGGAUGUGACUCAAAGCGAUAUAGAGUCUAUCGGAGCCAGCUUUGGAACGGUUCUACUGAGCAAGAAGAUCAACCGCGAUCGCCGCCAUUCGCUGGACGAGAUGCUGAGGAACUGCUGCGACGACGCCAUGUCCUUGGUCAAGGGUCUCCUGGUGCUGGACCCCCUUGGUCGACUGACUGCCAAGGAGGCCAUAAUGCAUUCGUUUGUGAGCCGCUUCCGCACUGCCUCGGCGGACAUGGAGCUCCGGCUGGACGUGAGCCCGCCGCUCCAGGACGAUGUCCGGUAUGGAGUGGACGAGUACCGCGCCAGCUUGUACGACAUGAUCGGCACCGACUCGCGUAGCAGUGCCCGGAAGACCGCCGUCACCUCAUCCACUGCUCAUCCGACCCCGGGGAGUAGCCGGGAGGCCGUCACGUCCGUCUCGGCCCCCAAAGGUCAGCUAAAUCGCUCGGUUUCACGUGCCAGGACGACGAGUGCCAGCCAAAAGGUUCUCGCGGAGCGGCAGCCGCCACCACAGCGACCACCUCCCCCAGCGGCGCCGCAGCGGGGCGAGCCGGAGAAGAAUACCUCGGGAGUGAACAUACUCAGUCGCAAUCUUACCCAGAGCUGGGCCGAGCAACAUUGCCACAAGCGGACGUCCCUCCACCACCAUCCACCCCAGGAGCAGCCCCAUCUUGCCCAGCAGCAGCAGCAGCCGCAGUCGAGGCCCCAGGAGCCGAUGCUUGUUUCAAUGGCAACCAUCACCUCUGUCGUUCACCAGAAGCACCGCAGCAAGGACAGAGCUCAGAGGCAUGCCCCACAAAGGGAAGAAGCUGGAGAAGGAGCUGGCCGAGGAGAGGGCACAGGAGGAAGCGGAGGAGUAGGAGGUGUCGGAGAAAGAGGAGAAGCCGCCCCCGGUCCAGGUACUUCCCAGAGCAACACCCAGACCCAGAGCGUCAUCCAUAACGCCGAACGCAACAUGGUCAUGGCCCGGAACACCCACGCCGCUCUCCGCAAGGAACUGGCUGCCGUGGCGGCCACAGCCCCCCGGAAAAAGAGCUCCUUCUGGCAUGACCAGGCCAAAGCCCAUAUCCAUGACUCGGAGGCGCGGAUGGAGGCGCUCCUUAGAAAGGCUAAGAUUCCUUUGUACAGAUCUCCCCUCGAGAGGGCCGAGUGGGGCGGGGACAAGAGCUCGGCCUCUGGGGAAACUGACUCCAUGUCGCCCCAUGACCGCAGCCGAUCCCAGCGCAAGCUGCAGAAGGAGAAAAAGCCCCGGGUGAAGACUAAAGUCUAUCAGGCUGGCGAAGAUCGAGCCAGGGAGGGCAGAGCUGGAGAGGGUAGAGCUGGAGAGGGCAGAGCUGUAGAGGGCAGAGCUGGAGAGGGCAGAGCUGGAGAGGACCGAGCCAGAGUAAAGGUGGAAGAGCGCCGAGCUGAAGAGGGCAGAGCCAGAGAAGACCGAGCCAGAAAAGACCGAGCCAGAGAAGAGCAAAUCAGAGAAGACCGACCCAGAGAGGACCGAGGCAGGGAAUUCCGAGACAGGGUGGAUCAAGUCGGAGAGGUCAAACCCAGAGUGGGAAGAGCCCAAGAAGACCGAGUCAAAGAGGACUGCACGGGAGACGUCCGAGGCGAAAGUGAUCCGCAAGCCAAGCGGGAGCCCACGUCGGAGGCGAAGCUGCAGCGCCGGAGGAAAAUAGAAAGGGAGAGGCAGCUGAAGCACCGCGAGUGGCAGCAGCGAAUGGAGCGGACGCAGCGAGUGGUUGAGAAUGAGCGCCUAAUGGAGCUGGAACGCCGCCAGCUGGAGGACCUCGAUCUCCAAAAGAAGCGGCUGGCGGCCAAGCGACAAGAACCUCGCCAUUCAUCAGGUACUGUGGCCAAGCGUCGCAUCCCCACCGCCACCACACCCUUCAAGACCCACCUGGAGUCGGACAGGAAGAGCGACGAGAUCGAGCAGUCCUACCCGCACGGACGCAUUGAGUCGGAACAAGCCAAGAAAGGAGACAAGCCGCCGGCCAAGGACAAGGACUUGAAGGCGAAGGAGCCGAAGAACAGAGAGCCCAAGGCCAGGGAGCCGAAGGAGAAGCCUAAGACAGAGUCAAAAGGCCAGGGUCUGAGCUCAAUUCCGCCAUCCACGGCGGCCUGUUACAUUUCCAGGAUCAGCUACCUGGAGGCCGAGAUGGCCAAGUGCAAGCGUCAGCUGGUGAGCUUCGUGCAAGACAACCAGGAGGUUCUAACUCACCGCAAGCUGCGAUAUCAUUUCGAGCAACUGAAGACCCACCGGAGCGGCGACUCUGAGGAUACUGGGGACGAGGACGUUCAUGAGCCGUUCAAGCCCGGCAGGGGGGCCGGUGGUGGGGAUUCCGACGCCCAGAGCUACCAAACCUUUCUGCAGGAGCAGAGCCGCCAGAAGCAGCUGCAGCUCAAGGAGUUCCUGGCCCGGGACGAGAGCAACGACUACGAGCAUCCGGAUCUCUCCAACGUCUACAAGGUGCGAAGCUAUCACGCCUUUGCUCGCGAUCAGGCAGCGCAACCGCCUCAGCAACGCGACUUCAUUAAGCUCUUCCAGAUCGCCGACGCCUCGGAAAGGGUGGACUCGCCGGAGGCCAGGAAGGAGCCGCUCCCCAACAAGCGGGAGUUUGACGAAACUCUGAAGGUCUGUCGCAAGCACCGCGAACGCAUAGAGCUGAACCGCCAACUGGGUCACUGCCAUCGCCACCAUGCGCAUCAUGAGCACCAUCAUCACCACCACAGUUCCAACCAUCCCCGUAAUCCCCACCAGCAGCAUCUCUGCCAUCGCCAUCGCGCCGCUGGCGGGCCCACCUACGAACACAUGUGUCUGCGCCCGGAGGACAUCCAGGAGGCUCAGUUCGUCGAGCCCUGCAACUGACCGGAUGGGACGACACACGUGUUAACUCAAUCAUGUUUGGUCACUCCAUCACCGGAUGUACCUACAUCCAAUAUAUCUUAAUACUAAUGAGCAUUCGCCUUAAA